CUGUCCGCCACUCGGCGUGCGCUUCUUCUUCUCUUGUGUUAAAAUUUGAAAAAAGAAAAAAAAAAUGGUGAUUGGAGAUUAUGGGUUCAGGUACCAAUUUGGUUACCACGGUCAUUGGGUUUGGGAUGAGUGCCACUUUCAUUGUGUUUAUGUGCACAAGAAUCAAUUGUGGGAGGAUAAGAGAGAGUGUUGAAUCUCGCGUGAUGUAUGAGAUUGAAUCUAGGAUUGACAUAGAAAAGCCAAAACAUCAUGCUAAUGACCUUGAAUCCAAGCCUGUUAUGCUUGAUGCAAUCCCCAUUUUGAAGUUCAACCAAGAGACCUUCAGUGCUAUAGAAGAUACACAGUGUGUCAUAUGUUUGGCAGAUUACAAAGAAAGAGAAAUGUUACGCAUCAUGCCGAAAUGCGAUCACACAUUUCAUCUUUCUUGCAUUGACAUAUGGCUGAGGAAACAAUCCACUUGCCUGGUAUGCCGUCUGCCGUUAAAAAACUCAUCCGAGGCGAAACAUGUUAGAACUGUUGCAUUUACCAUGAGCCAGCCUCUUGAUGAGUCGCACAAGAAUCGGCCGUUAUCAAUACCACUCUCUCUCACCAAUGCUGCUGGAAGCGCCGACGACUUUUAUUCUCUCCGCGACGUUCUCAACAAGCGCAUUCAAGACAACUGCUUCAACACGAAGUCCACCUUCGAUUUCGUCACCGUACUCCAUGUCAUCGAAUAUAUGACACGUACCGACGUCGGAGGCUGUCGCCCCAGUGUGACCACCUUCUACCCCAUCCUAAACAUCCUAAUGCGCCAGAAAGCCAUAGACCACGCGCGGCGCGUGGUGGAUUUCAUGUCCACGCUUAGCGUUAAUGGCCUCGAGAAGAUCGUUCUCGGAGAAGUUCGUGGCUUCUCCGCGGAGGUAUAUUUGUACGGAAAUUAUAUCUUGGAAGAAUGA